AUGUGGUUUGAGAGCACUGUGCAGGUUGGCAAACUGCAGGACCUUAUCAACCGAAGUAAGAUGGCGAGGUGUAGAGGACGAUUUGUUUGCCCAGUCAUUCUGUACAAGGGAAAGCAUAUUUGCAGAUCAGCAACGCUGGCCGGCUGGGGAGAGCUGUAUGGGCGCACUGGCUACAACUAUAUCUUCUCAGGAGGUUCUGAUGAUGCUUGGGCAGAUGCAGAAGACAUUUCAGAGGAAGAUUCUGCACUUAGAAAUGCAGACUCCCAGCUGUUCGACAAGGUCAGAGGGCAUGACAUCAAGCUGCUUCGAUACCUGUCUGUCCGAUAUAUCUGUGACCUAAUGGUGGAAAACAAGAAGGUGAAGUUUGGCUUGAAUGUGACGUCUUCUGAGAAGGUGGACAAAGCUCAACGUUAUGCUGAUUUCAUGCUUCUCUCCAUCCCAUAUCCAGGCUGUGAAUUUUUUAAGGAAUACAAAGACCGAGAUUAUACAGCUGAAGGUCUCGUAUUCAACUGGAAACAGGAUUACGUAGAUGCUCCAUUAAGUAUCCCAGUCUCUCUGACCCAAUCUCUGAAUAUUGAUUGGAGCGAGUACCAGAGCUGGGACCUUGUGCAACAGACACAGAACUACCUGAAGCUGCUCAUCUCCAUCAUCAAUAGUGAUGAUGACAGCGGGCUCCUGGUGCACUGUAUAUCCGGCUGGGAUCGAACUCCUCUCUUCAUCUCCUUAUUGCGCCUCUCCUUAUGGGCUGAUGGGCUGAUCCACAUGUCCCUGGAGCCAUCUGAGAUUCUCUACCUGACAGUGGCCUAUGACUGGUUUCUCUUUGGGCACAUGUUAGUUGAUCGACUCAGUAAAGGAGAAGAGAUUUUCUUUUUCUGCUUCAAUUUUCUGAAGCACAUCACCUCUGAGGAGUUCUCUGCUGUGAAGUCACACAGAAGGAAGAGUUUGCCACCAGGCUUCACGCUGGAAGAGAUCUGCAUGCUCAAGCAGAGAGACCGAGGCAGCACCACAAGUCUGAGCAGCGACUUCUCCCUAGGGAUGGAAAGUUCCCCUGGAGCAGCUGGGAGCUUCACCUAUGAAGCAGUGGAGCUGAUGCCAGCAGGAGCACAGGCUCAAGCAGCGUGGAGGAAGAGCUGUGCAUCAUCACCACAAGCUGCGCUCUGGAGCAGGGCACAGCAGUCUGAAGACAGACUGCCUUCCUCAGGGUUGGUCGAAGUCAAGUCCUCCAGCUCCUCCUCCUCAACCCACUCUGAUAACUUCCUGAGGAUUGGAAGCAGCCCACUGGAAGUGCCGAGGUCCAGAUCGGCGGACCAUUCUCUGCCCGGAUCUUCCGUUUCCACAGACUUUGGCAGCUGGCAGAUGGUGACAGGGUGUGGCAGUAUUCGGGAGCAGGCAAUCCUGAGCACAGACGCCUCUCUCCCUUGCAGCUUCCCGGAUGAGUUCCCUAGCACUUGCCUGUAAGUGUCUCAAACGCAGGAUCUUUCCUUGGGUCUCUCAGCUGGCUGUGAGCGCUGGAACUUUGUCACCCUGGCGCUUUCAAAGAAGCCUGGGAGCCCAUAA